CGUUAACGCAACCUAGUUAAGUCCCGCCUAUCAGCUCCACCCCAUUCGUCUCGUCAUGUCGCUCUGCUUGUUUCUUCUUGCGUCUGCGUUUGCAUUGUGCGUGCAUUCGCUGGACGUGUCUGUUGUCGAUGUGAGCGAUUUCAAACUGUUGCGCUCGUGCGGCGCUUCGUCUCUCUACGAACUGCAACUGCAGACAAAGAACUCAUACGAUGUUGCACCGAUGCUUGUGGAAUUGAGAGGAAGUCGUUAUGACAUGGGCUAUGCAUAUGGAAAUUUGCUUUCCAAGGAAAUUGAGGCUGCGUAUCACUCUUUGAUGAAGUGGAUUCUUGGUGACCAUUGGUAUGAUGAGGUCUUGGAGUUACUCUUUGCUGACGCCUUGGACUGGCAGUGGGAUGACUACUUGUCUAUUGAACUUCCUAUUGCAUAUAAAGAGGAAUUGAUCGGUGUUCGCGAUGGAGCUGCUGCUGCUGGUUGUCCUUCAUGCGGUAACAUGGUAACUCGCGCUAUUGCAUUGUCCAACAUGCCUGGAGAUACUCAAGAUGUUCUUCUCCUACUCAUGCGUGAGUUCAACAAAACAGAUUUACAGCUAGGGCAGUGGCCACACAGGCAACCAACAGGCAAAGCAACCAACAUGCAUUGUUCUAUGUUUGGAGUUUGGGGCAGUAGAACUGCAGGACAGCGUCUGUUCUCAGCUAGAAAUCUCGACUGGAACAAAGAUACAGGUGUGAACAAAGCGAAACUUGUUGCGGUCUAUAAACCUGAUGAUGGAGCUAUAGCACAUGCCACAGUAGGAUUUGCUGGCCUCUACGGAGCACUAGCUGGAAUGAGUGCAGAGGGUCUUACCGUGCACGAAGCUAAUCUAGAAGAAGACGAGAUCACGUGGAAUGGGAUACCGUUCGUACUGCGUCUCAGAUAUGUAAUGGAGUGGGCAAAGAACUUGUCAGAAGCUCGAGAAAUCUGGAUGCAGACAAACAACACUGUUGGGUUCAACCACAUGAUCGGAAGUGGAAAUGAUGCCGCAGCUUAUGCAAACAACAAGAGAAGUCAAUACGCUGCGCUAGCAAUGGAAACAAUGUAUCAAUACACAGCAUUUUUCCACGACAAUGAUGCUCGAGAAGCUGAUGCUGUGUACAGCAGCAAGCCUUCUGAAAGUGUUGUUCACAUUGGUUUUCCGAUCAAUGAGGCGGUGUGGCGCACAAAUCACGGUUACGAUCCGGUCAUUAGACAGCACUAUGAGUGGAGCCAGGCACCGUCAUCAUGGUCAAUGCAAAGAUAUAUGUUUAUGCAUGAAGCAUUCACGUCGUACGAAAGGAAUAGGAUCAAAAUCGAUGUCGCUGAAGCCAUCAAUAUUACAGCUAUUGUUGGCGACAAAGGGAGCCACGCCUAUGAGUGCAUGGAUAAUACGGAUGGUACAAAUGUUCUGAGCGUCACAUAUGACCCCAAUGUAGAGACAAUGUAUUGUGCAUGGGAAAGCAAGAGUGGCAGCGACUGGCGACCUGCCUGCUGUUCGACUUACGUCAAGCUCGACAUGACAAAGUUCUUCAAAUAAUAUUUCUCCGCUCCAUGAGGUGCCUGACGCAAUUACGUAUUGUGACCAAGUAUAUCAUGUUUACAUGUCUGUCAGUUGCAUGAUUUAAUUACUAUGU